CUGAAUUGUGUGGCCUUAUUUCCCAGGUCUGGAUCUGGCUAACAAAAUGCCUUCUCCUAGAACUCUGAAGACUCAUCUGCCUGUUCAGAUGCUACCACCUUCCUUCUGGAAAGAAAAUUCAAAGAUUAUCUAUGUGGCUAGAAAUGCCAAGGACUGUCUGGUCUCCUACUAUCAUUUCUCAAGAAUGAAUAAAAUGUUGCCUGACCCUGGUACAUAGGAGGAAUAUGUUGAGACAUUCAAAGCUGGAAAAGUGCUGUGGGGUUCCUGGUAUGACCACGUAAAGGGAUGGUGGGAUGCAAAAGACCAGCACCGCAUUCUCUACCUCUUCUACGGGGACAUGAAGGAAGACCCAAAGUGGGAAAUUGAGAAGAUACUGAAGUUCCUAGAAAAAGACAUAUCAGAGGAAAUUCUGAAUAAAAUCGUCUAUCACACCUCCUUUGAUGUAAUGAAGCAAAACCCAAUGGCCAACUAUACCACUUUGCCCACCAGCAUUAUGGACCACUCCAUCUCCCCUUUUAUGAGGAAAGGGAUGCCUGGAGACUGGAAGAACUAUUUUACUGUGGCUCAAAAUGAAGAAUUUGACAAGGACUACCAGAAGAAUAUGGCAGGAAGCAGCCUAACCUUCCGCACAGAGAUCUGAGAGCAGUCAGGGAGUCUGUCCUGGACUUUCUUACCAGAUUUUUGCCAUUUGAGCCUCAUGAUCAAGAACACUUAAAACAAAGACACCCUUCCUCCAGUCUGGAGCUGUUAUACACUAGCUGUAGAUCCUAUGCCACUAUGAUAAUACUUCAUCAAAAUGUAACCAAAUCCUGGGUAGAGUUUUUAAUUAAGAUACAUGAUCCCUCAUUUAGACACCAACCACAUAAUGUACCCCCUGUCCUAAGGCAAAAUAAAGGCAAUUUAGUUCCA